ACAAUGUUCAAAUGUAUUAAAGUGCAGCAACGGGAACAGAGACCACAUUGCUCCGUGCACAUGCUAUCGUGUUGGAUCCGUCAUGUGGACGUUUAUAUCUGCUGUGUUCACCAGAGCGUGUUUUAUUCUUGUAUCGCUGGUAGGAGUCUGUAGAGUGGCAUGGGUCAAGAAAAACCCUUACUACUGGCUUCUGACGCUCCUCUUCCUACCUCAAGUCGCCGAGAUGGUGGUCACCAUGACAAGGAGAAGAGGAAAAGAUUAUAAAUGGUAUUCUCCAGCCAUUCUUCUGUUCCUCAUCAGCAUCAUUCCCUCCAUCUGGAUCCUGGAGCUCCAUCACCACCAGAACAUUUCCAAUGAGCCACAGUGCAACCGUCUAGACUCAUGGGCGGCUCUCCGAGAUUCUUUCAAUGGUCAGAACGUAACUUCGCAAAAUAUCACCUCCAUAAAUGAUUCCUUCAAUGUGCGUCUGGACAAGUUUAUCUCGGCAGUAUGCUCCAAAGAGUGGAUCCUGGGUCUCCACAUGACCCAGCUCAUCCUGCUGAUCGUGGGCAAGUGGUUCCUCCCCAUAGGGGGCGGAGUCACCAGGGACGAGCUGUCUCAGCUUCUCCUCAUAUUCGUUGGAACUGCGGCAGACAUCCUAGAAUUCACCAGUGAGACACCAUCACUUGGAUCCAAAGACAGCUUUCAGUUGAUCUACAUGACCCUGGCGGUCUGGACCUGGAGCAUGUUGCAAUUCCCACUACAUCUAUCCGUGGUCAACAACAAGCCAGAAGACGAGGGUGACCGAAGCUCCUCGCUACUGACCAGACACAGCACAGACCUGUGGACUAUUACUCAGGCCCUGUUCAUCCACGACGGGCCUUUUCUAGCGGUCAGGCUCAUUGUCCUCAUACAUUUCAAAGUCUUCAACCAGAUGCUGGUCUUCUUUGCCAUUAAGAACCUGUUGGUGCUCGCCCUGAACGUGUACAGGCUGGUGGUCAUCUGCCAGGACUCCAGGUCAGAUAAUGGGAUAUGAUGACCCACAUACAUCAUCACACACGCGCGCACAAACACAAUCACAAUCACACACAUUCUAACUCACUCACCAACACACAACACACACACACACACACACACACACUAUCUCGCUCACUAACACAUUGACACACACGCACACACACACACAAACACAGAGGGCCGGCGCUCGGCAUAGGCGAACUAGGCGAUCGCCUAGGGCGGCAAAUGUUUUGGGGGGGCCCUCUGGUGGCGCCCUUAAUUAAUUAACAAAUAAUAAUCUAUUAAUUACCCCCCCCACAAACACACAAAGAGGCAGGUCAAGCCGGAUACACCUUUAACAAAAUUAAUCAGUUGUUGUAUUCAUCACGUGGUGAAUAGGUUACACCACUGAAAGGGAAAGGCAGACUUUGUUUACCAUGACCACCACCACCAACAGCGAUGCCCAUAGGCAUGUAAGUCCGAAGCUAACUCCCUUAAUGUUUUAUGAAUAGCCCCGGAUCUCAUUUAAAAAGCCAUAAUCAAAAAUGUGUCAUUCAGAUCAUACAUUAAAGCCCUCAAAAAGAAUGUGCUAUUCAGUGUGUGUUAUAUGUGUCAUUCAGGCAGCACUGGGCUUCUCAUUUCACUAUGCUUCAUGAACUGUAUCUGAAAACUGUGUCAGAUUAUGUGUGUUUGCAUGUGUCUGUCUGUGUGUGUGUGUGUGUGUGUGUGUGUGUGUGUGUGUGUGUGUGUGUGUGUGUGUGUGUGUGUGUGUGUGUGUGUGCGGUGUGUGUGUGUGUGUGUGUGUCAUAAUCAUAAAUAAAUCUGGGACCUUCUGCAUAAACUAACAGGGAAAGGACAUAAUAAGCACGUUCGGACUGAGGGACUUUCCCUCUAGUGAGCCGCUAUGGGUGUGGCUUGGGAGAGAAGAUCCGCCCAACUUCACCGUUUAGUGGCUCAGUUAGCAGCCCAGGUAGUACCUGCCUCGGGGUGGGAGCUUUCCGAGCCACUCCUAACUAGUCGAUGCUGAUUGGCUACGGUUGAGGCGGGACACCAACAUUAGAUAUAACAUUGAGUAUGUAUUGGGCGGCAUGUGGUGGGGGUGGCAUGUGGCUCAGGAGUUAGAGCGGAAGGCUGGUAACCAGAAAGUUGCUAGCUCGAUCCCUGGCUGUCGAGGUCCCUGAGCAAGACACCUCACCCUAACUGCUCCUGACGGGCCCGCGUGUUUGACUCCGCUGUCGGUGUGUGCAUGAAUGGGUGAAUGUGAGGCCAUGUGGUAAAGCACUUUGAGUGGCCACUGGUUAGAAAAGUGUUAUAUAAAUCCAGUACAUUUACCAUUUAAUGGAGUGAAGUAUGCAUGUGGUGAAGUUUUUCAAUUUUCUAUCAGAAAAACACACUUUAACAUUACAGAAAAACAGGCUUACCAUUUGCCCUUGUCUAAGACGUUGUGUUGCAUUUCGCUGAUGUAAAUUUCUUUAAACCACAACACUUUCUCUGUUACCUCCUUGCUGCGUUCUGUUUUGAGGUUCCUGUAUGGGAAAGGACGCAGAGGGGAACUAAGUGAGUGGGCGUAGCCAAAACACUGAGCCGCUUUCCAAGAAUUCCCUCAUUCGGAACGCGCCUAUUAAAGUAACAAAGCAGCUGGAGAUCAAAGACAAUAAAAACCCUGUAUAAAGGACCAGCAGAAAUAGCGACUGUUUUUAAUAGCCAUUUUUUCAAUUCUGUACAUAGCCCUCAAAGUGGUCCACUAUACUCAUCACCAAUUGAUAUUACACAGCCAGUCUUCGCUCUGACAGAGAUUUCUGAAUCCAAAGUUAAGUCUAUAAUUACUUUUAUUAACUUCCAAAUCAAAAUACAUAUUUCGACGGGAUUCUAUGUUUUUAAGGAAACAUGCUGCCUCUUUCACAGGGCCAGUAACUCAAAUUAUUAACACCUAUAUUAAGGAGGGAAAAUUCCCAAAGGACUGGAAGUCAGCCACUGUUGUGGCAGUCUAUAAAUCAGGGGACACAACUGAUAUGAAUGAACAGUUCAUUCCCCCCCUGAGGAAUAAACUGGGCGUACCCCAGGAAUCUAUCCUGGGCCCUAUUCUGUUCAGACUUAACAUAAAUGACCUGCCAUUAGUAUGCACUCGAUGUGAAUUUCAGAUGUAGUCUGAUGAUAGUUAUUUAUGUUCAUAAAAAACAAAAAACAAAGCCCAAGCUGCUGCCAAACUCAGUGAUACAAUGGUAUUUGUACAUAAAUGGCUUGCUGACUGACAGUUGCAUCUCAAUGUAAAGAAGACAGUCUGUAUGUUUUUAAACAAGACUAACACUGUUUCUCACUUCGAACCAAAGGUUGUUCAAACAGUUACACAUUUUUAAUAUCUAGGUAUUAUCCUUGACACGGCUCUAUCCUUCAAAAACCAAGUGAGAAAGGUCAUGCAAAUAAUGAAGCUCUGUCUGAAUGUUCUGAUCAUUCCCCACUUAACAUGACCUGGGCUCAGGUGAAUAGUACAACAUGAAUGCCUAUUUUAUCACUUCACAAACAAGCGCUUAAAGUUUUUGACAGAAAACCCAAGCUUUACCAACACCGUUACAUCAUUGACAAAUAUAACUUGUUCAGCUGGGGAAAUAUUUUAAAACAAACUGAUUUGUAAGAUUAUCAAUGGCAAGGCUCCACCACCCCUCUACAUUUUUAUACAGCAGAAAAAAACAAGGUCUGCUCUAAGAGGGGACUGUGUAGUUCCAAUUAGUUCCAGCUCCUUUGGCCAAUUAUGUUUCUCUGUCAGAGCCUCUAAACUAUGAAACCAAUUGCCAGUGGAGAUUAGAAAUUGCACCUCCAACCAUACAUCCAUCCAUUGUCGGCCGUUUUAUGAACUUUAAGAAAAUAAACAGUAGACUGAACCUACAUAAAUACAUUAGCUUACCAGUGUGCAGUGAUUUUACACUUUUUUUGGCUUUAUACCUUUGACAGAAUUUAAGAGUGCAUGUUUGUCUGUUGCUAUGAAUUCUUGUAGCUGUCUCAUGGUAGUUUGUAUGAAUGCUUGUAUGGUUAUGUGUUUUAUUGGAGCCUAUUGGCAUCAUGUUAUACUGUUGUUGUCUGUUGCUGUCUGUAUUCUUAAUAUGUUUCAAUUUUUAGCUAUCCUGUGCCUAGUUUAACAUCUUGCCAAAGGACGACAGUUGAAAAUUUUCCUGCUGGCUAACGCUGGCACAUUUACAGAAAUGUCGAUUAAUGUGUGUGUGUGUGUGUGUGUGUGUGUGUGUGUGUGUGUGUGUGUGUGUGUGUGUGUGUGUGUGUGUGUGUGUGUAUGUGUAUGUGUAUGUGUGUGUGUGUGUGUGUGUGUGUGUGUGUGUGUGUGUGUGUGUGUGUGUGUGUGUGUGUGUGUGUGCGCAUGUGUGUGUGUGUGUGUGUGUGUGUGUUUGAGAGAGAGAGUAAAAUAAAUGGUAUUAUUCCAAUAAAGUAAUAUUGACAUAAAUACAUUUAACAGUUUCUCAGGUCUGGGACUGUCAAGGGCCAAUAAAUGUUUAAUAAUAUUUAAUGCAAAGUAUUCUGCUUCUAAACAAUAAUAUUACUAGUUAUUAAACACUGCUUAUAAUGUUAAUCACAAUUAAUAAUUAAUUUGAAAUGUGAACACCAGAUUUUUAUGUACAUAUUUUAUAAUUAUAGGAUUUUGUAAAAGACAAAAUAAAUGUUAUAUAUAAUCAAAUGUUUUCUUAUGCGUCU